CACCGCUCUCUCUCUCUUUUCCCCACUCGAAUUUAUAACUCGAAAUACUUUCCCCCUUUUCAACCUUAUCAUCCCUGUCCUCCCUCUUUCUCUCGCCUUCGUUAUUGUUCUUCCCCCAAUCCUUUUCUCUCCACCGAAACAACCCCAAACCGCCAAAGCAGCAGCAGCAGCAGCAGCAAUGGCUCCUCGAUUCUUGCUGUUCGUUGCUCUCUGCGUCCUCCCAGCUCUCGUCGCCGCCACUCGCCCUGCUCGCAACCCUUUCCUCGUCCGGGGCAAGGUCUACUGCGACACUUGCAACUUCGGCUUCGAGACCCCUAAAUCCACUUCCAUCGCCGGUGCGACGGUGAGGAUCGUGUGCAAGGACAGGAAAUCGAACAAGGUAGUGUACCAGAGAGAAGGCAAGACGAACUCGGAAGGAAACUACCAGAUCCAGGUCGACGAGGACCACCAGGACCAAGUGUGCGAUGCUAAAGUUGUUCGGAGCCCGCAGCUCGACUGCUUCAAGACUUCCUCGGGCCGGGAUCAAGCUCGCGUGAUCUUGACGGAGAACAACGGGAUUGCGUCCAGGGAAAGGUACGCGAACGCCAUGGGCUUCUCCAAGGAAGGAACCGUUGCGGGUUGUUCCCAGCUUCUUAGCCUUUACCAGGACAAUGAUGAUUAGAGGGAAGUAAGUAAGCAUGGCCGCUUUUGCCUCCGUCGAGUUUUAUCAUAUUAUAUUUGUUGGGGGUGUGAGUUCUUCUAUUUUGUUGCUCGAAAGGAUGUUUUUUUUUUGUUGUUGUUGGUGAAAUUGACUCGAUGUUCGAGUACUGAUGGUCUGUUGAUUUAAUUAUUCUCUUAUGAAAUGGACUGGAUCCCGUCUGUUAUGGUGUAUUAGCCACCUGAAGUUCAUAUUAAUAUUAGUAUAUAUAUACACGAUUACGCUUCCACUAUAUGUUAAUGACAUUGAACUGUUGUGUUUCUGUAAAAUUACGGAAUGAAUGCCCCAAAAUCAG